CGUGACUCGUUGUUCAUGGGCUGGUCGGUUGUCAUGUUCUUCUCGUAGGCUCAGGGAGCCAUCGUAGUCUUUCACCUCUCUUUAAUACUAUACUACACAUUCUCUUCAACGGAUCUUCCGUGCUCGCUUCGGCGCCUGCUGUUUUAUCAGUUCUUUCUCUCUUUCUUUUGAAUAUAUUUGCAGUUCUCAAGGGUUGAUCUCUCGAGAACGCUCUCUUCAUUCAUUUCAACCUCUCGACGAGGCUCAAUAUACCAGGCGCUGGACGUCUUACCAACCAUAUCUCCUAGCGAAUCUACUCGAAAAAUAUCCGAUAUAGGGAUCAAACCUCGAAUUAAACAAGAUACAAAGCUUUCUUACCGGUUCCUUACUACAUAUCGUCUGCAACAUCGCCAAUAUGGUCGACAAGAUCUUCCUCUCGACGGUCGCCGCCGACGCUCUCUUCCUGAGUUCGGGUGUCAUGGAGCUGGUUUUUUCGCUGGUCGUACAGAGCAAGAUGAAGGAUAUGCCUACUGAUGGCGAGGAUGUUACAAGGAACUUGCUGUACCAAAGAUUUCCCCUGACCGCGGGUAUCGUCAAUGCCAUUUUCAUUCUCGUCACGUUUGCGGUCACCCUGCCCGGACUCGUCAUGCCCGCUCGAAGCUUUCUCAAGGUUUCGGGAUAUAUGGUGACGGUGUGCGCGAUAUUCACUAUGUGCGUGGCUGUGUUCCUCUGGGUUAUGACGUUGAGGAUGAGUGAGCAAUUUUUCAAUAUCUACAUCGAGCAAGAACCAGACGUACAGAGCUUGAUCCAGGACUCGUUUCAGUGUUGUGGUUAUUUCAAUAGCACAACACCGGCUUUUGUGAUGGAUUCGACUUGCAGCAGUCCUGCAAGUGCAGCGCUGCUACGUGGCUGUGCAACAUCAAUCUCAAGUUUUGCAAACCUACAUAUCGACGGCAUUUUUACUGUUCUGUUUGGAAUCGUCGGUGAGUCUAGGCUUACAUUUCUUGCCCAAUUGCACGCCAAGACAUCGCAAGUAACUAAUAUCCCAUAUAGGUAUCGAUGCUAUCUUUAUCUUGUGCAUCGCAUGUCUGCUCAAGGAUCGCAAAGAGCGCGAACGCUACCGACAUAUCGAUGAGAAGGCCGGCUACCGACAAAUUUAAUGCACAACACUUUACAAUGUUACCCGUGAUUGGUGGGCUGGACCGCGCAUUCUUCUAGAAGUCACUACACUGGCAUCCUUUUUUUCUUCCUCUUUCAGACGGAUAUGUGACAAAUUCAAGCGAGUGGUUUUAAUAUUAAUACUUUAUUCCUGUUAUCGAUCGUCAAGUGGAUGGGCGCGGCAUACUACCUAGGCCAUCCAGAUCACAUCACAAUUCCCGAUAUUGAAGUCGUUUUUGAUGGGCCAUGUGGCAAGCGAUAUAUCUAAUUCCCAUGUCGUUUUGUCAUGACCGGUUACGCUAUCAAAUGAUUCCAAACGUUGUGACACCUCCUGUGCGGUUCUUCUCUCUUCGAAUCUCAACCUCUUCGAACUCAAGACCUUCGCCAUCCUCCAUAAUUGUUUCUCGAUGCCAUGGCCCGACAAACAUGCCCUGAGGGUCAGCAUCAUUGCGUAUGGCCCGGAACGAUUCAAGUUGCUUGCCAUAGAACGCUUCAAUCUCAGGCCUAGUGGUUCUAAAAUUCUUGGCCCAGUGCGGUCGACCUCCAAGGUCUUUCAUCAGCCACUCAAAAGCCUCAUAGUAUCGUUCGUGGCAAGGAGGAUCCAUUAGAUAGGGGCGAUAUAGUGUCGCAUUGAGGUACAACGUAGGUCCGUUCUCAACAGUAAUAUCAAGGUAUGGCCGUACGUUCGAGGUGAGAGUGGUGUCGCUUACGCGCACUUCGACGGGUGCGUGGACGUAAAGACCGUCAGCAGAGAAGGGGAUGUUGUGAGGAACGUAAUCAGGAUCAUCAGGAGUCAAGUGGUUUAGCCAAGAGCUCAGUCUCCGGAGGGCCUCGGGGCCCUUAUGAAGAGGGAUAGCCCACUCGUUGACAAACUGGGAAUAUAGGCAGUUCAUGAGCAGUGCUUUGCGACUUGGUUGAACAGCUGAUGAAGUGGUUCCAUUCCGAAAGCCAUACUGCAUACCGAAGACAAACCACUCAACCCAUGGCAGGAUUCGUGGAACGCGUUGGGCAAGAUAGAGAAGAUUAUGAUAGACAUAGUAGCCGAUUGAGCCAUCAUACCCACUCUGAGGAGGGUCGCGGUGUUCCUCAUCGGUUUGCUCUGCCUGCCACACCACUGCACGUCUUGUGUAUGGGAACCACCAGACCCUGACAAAUUCACUCUGCGUCCAUAGGUUUCGAUUCCAAGACUCAAACAUCUUGUGGUCUGUGUCAAUGCUCUGUUCCCACUUCAAGGUAAAGGCUGGAACUGCCUGGAAGGAAACUUCGGUAAUGAUACCAAUAGCGCCGAGAGAAAGGAGGGCAGCUCUAAAAAGGUCCGUCUUGAUAUCUUUGGAGCAGUACACUGUGGUUCCAUCUGCCAUUGUGACCUUAAGGGAAAGGAUGUCUUCGGACAUCAGUCCAUGGCGUAGACUGCUUCCGUGGGUACCUGUUGAAAUAGCGCCACUAAUAGACUGCUCAUUGAUGCUUCCAAGAUUUGGCAUCGUGAGUCCAUGCUUCUCGAGCUCUUCACAGAGGGCGUACAGCCUGAUUCCACCCUCCAUGGUAACAACACCUGUAUCUUUGUUCACCGAGAGUACCCUGUUGAAGUUGUCCAGGUUGACGAGCCAGCUGGAUGUACAAGUGAUAUUGGAGGGUGAAUGGCCACAGCCAGUCGUCACUAGACGCCGACGGCAUCUUCGUGCCAGAUUCACAACUUUCUCAACUUCAGGCAGAGACUCGGGUUGGAUAAAAAGCUCUGGGAGGGACGAAAAUGUGCGCGCCCAAGUGUGGUGGACAUGUUGUGGCCGAGCACGAAAUGCCACGCUAUCGUCGAACUUUGCCAGUUCUGCGGCCACGAGAGGGUCCAUGGCUCUGCUCGAUUCACAGACGGUAGAAAAUGAACCCAAGGAAUAGAAACAAGACUGUAUCAAGGGGAUGCCAGGUUCAAGCUAGCAUAUCAGAGGAUGAGUGGGAUAUGAAUUGCUUGAUGCCGAAGUGGGUGUAGUCGGAUUUGGUCGCUGGCAGGUGGGUCGGUAUCGGAAUCACAAGUCUGCCGGCACAGUAACAAGGCCAGUUAUAUUAAGCUCAUUCUUCGUUUUGUGUCAUUUUGGCUUCCAUAUGCAUACAUGGAGAGGCAAAUACAUCAUUUUGACAAUUUCUGGGGGCAAAGACGCGAAUUUUGUAAGUCGAAGGCAACUAAAAGCACGCAGAAAAAC